GCAUGUCCAAACACAAUACACUCUAUUACUAAUUCAAAAUCUGCUGUCUUUUAUUAUUAUUUUUAAAAUAACCAAAUUAAUUAAACUACAUAUUUGAUCUCUCCUGAAAGGAAAAAAAAGCUGGAAACUUCGACGAAUGUGUACAAAUCAUUCUUCCUUUUUUCUUUGUCCUGAAUUAGUUUUUGGAAUGGGUCCGAACUCGGACAAGUAACCCGCCAUUUUCUCCUCGGUCUCUCUGCUCAUCUCUUCAGUAUCGGAUCUGGGUCUCCUUCUCUUUCGUUUCAAGUUUUUGCAGAUUAAAUUUUGAGGAGACGUGACGUUAGCUGUAAUUCAUUCUUUACUUGCUUUGACUAUUAAAGGCGGCACUAGCGGGAAUAAAAGAAAAGAAACCCUAUAGAGACACAUUUGGUUGUGUGUGUGUGUUCAUUCGUCUCUACUGGAGACAGAUCUUGAUUACAGAUUCAAGACCUAAGAGAUCUAGGUUCUGUUCUUGAGUGAAUAAAUCUAGUGAGAUCAUGGGAAUGAGUCUUGAUUUCGAUGUUGAUCUUGAGAAAGGAAUCUUAGAUUGCCAAAAUGUUUAUACAAAAUCGCCGGAGAAGCCAUCGAUACCGAUGUGUCCAGAUAUCAAACCGGUAGAAACCGGUUUGUUAGAGAACGAUGCAAGUCCGGUUAAAUGUGCGAUCAGUAAACCGGAAUGGGGGAGGAGUGAACGGAAGGAGAAACGCAAGAAAUCAGCGUCGAAACCUCCUAGGCCGCCGCGUGGACCAUCGCUAGACGCAGCGGAUGAGAAACUGAUAAGGGAGAUCGCUGAGCUGGCGAUGCUGAAACGCGCGAGGGUGGAACGUAUGAGAGCUUUGAAGAAAUCGAGAGAGGCCAAAGCUGCGUCUGCCUCCUCUUCUCUCGGCAAUGUAUUCGCCACUAUUCUCACCGCUAUCUUCUUCUUCGUCCUUGUUUUCCAAGGAUUGUCGCCGAGAGCAGCCGCUAGCUCCGGGGAAUCUCCCUUUGUUGGAAAAGCCAGUGGUGGUUUUGUACCGGUUCAAUAUGCGGGAAACCCAUCUGCGAGCGAACCGGGUGUAGGUUAUGGCGGUCCGGUUAUAGCACAGAGAAUGCCCAAUUUACUAAAACCAGUUUCUGGAUUAGAGAAUGAACAGAAGAUGAAUAGAGUUUCACAGUGAAAUGUACACCAACGGUCUGGAGUUAGGAGUUGGGGCCAACUCCAUACUUGUUGAUCAAACCAUAUAUCGGUUUAGGUUGUCGGUGAACCAUAUAUGAAUACCGAUAAUUUUUUGUGCCAAAAUCAGCUGCUUUCUCGGCGGCAAUGAAACAAUAACUAUCCGAUGUGGGUAAGAGUAGUUUUGUAGUAAUGUUUUUCGUGUAAUAAAAUAAGAGAAGUUACAAAUAAAGUAAAUUGAGUGUUAUACUUUUA